AAUGUAAAGUAGAUCGCAAAUCAUUGAAAAAUAUUUUAUAUAUUCCCAGAAAAAAUUUCCGGUUUGUUUUAAAAUGCUUCCUCAAAUAGCCAAAUUUUUUGGACCGACAAAUCUACGAAAUUGUUCUCCAGAUUCUUACAGGAAACUUCGCGAAAUAAUCUGCAAAUUUGAACAGGGCGCCAUUCUCGGCAAUGAUAUUCAGUUAACAGAUAAGGAGAUCAAAGUAAAUGACACAAUCAUGUGCCUCAAGAUGGACGAAUACAACCGAGGAGUCGAGGAUCCUAAUCAGUUCGUGCCAGGCUAUCAUAUUUUUAAGAGACUAAACGACAUUGAGAAGUCGCCGCUGUUCCAGCUGCUUCGGAAAAUGCCGAAAGGCGGUGCCCUAAAGACACAUGACUUUUCGAUGUGCAGCACCAAUUUCCUUAUCGAUUUGACCUAUCGGAAACAUCUCUGGGCGUGCACUGUGAAUGAUGGAUGUAAGAUAGUUCAGUUUCGCUUUUCCAAGGACAAGCCCAAGAAAAUGCUGCACGAGGGCGGCAAAUGGGAAACUAUGGACGAGAUUCGAGAUCGUCGAGGUGAGGAGAAUGUGCGCAAGAAGUUGAAAAUGCUCUUCAGUAUGUAUCCAUUAUCAAAAAUACAGUCGAAUGACAAGGCUUGGGACCACAUGAUGUCUAUAUUCGCAUUGAUCGACGGUAUACUAAAUUACUAUCCCAUUUGGGGUGAAUACUAUUACAACGCUCUCAAGGAGUUCAACGAGGAUGGAGUGCAGUAUGUUGAAGUUCGUUCACUGCUGAAACGUCUUUACUGUCUGGGAGGAGAAAGACUGCCAACUAAGGAAACCCUCCAGGUGUAUAAUGAUGAGCUCAAGAACUUCAAGGCCGAUAAUCCAGACUUCAUAGAUUCGAAAAUCAUUUAUUCGCCACUUCGGCACACAACACCCGACAAAAUUAAGGGUCAUGUAAAGGCAUGCACCAAAUUAAACAAAGAGUUCCCGAACUUAUUAAUCGGCUUCGAUCUGGUCGGGCAGGAGACAAUGAAAUAUCCCCUGAAGAUAUUCGUUAAUGAGUUGCUGAAAAUGCCACCGCACAUUCAAUUCUAUUUCCAUGCCGGUCAAACCAAUUUGUAUGGCUCUCCGCUGGACGAGAAUCUGAUAGACGCAGUUCUUCUUGGUACUCGACGCAUUGGGCACGCCUAUGCAAUAACGAAGCAUCCGCUUGUGAUGCAAUUGGUCAAGCGUUUUGGCAUUGCCAUUGAGGUUUGUCCCAUUUGCAAUCAGGUGCUGCAGCUGGGGGCUGAUUAUCGAAAUCAUCCAGCUGCCACGCUGAUUGCCAAUGACAUUCCAUUUGUGCUGUCCUCGGGUAAUCCUUCUUUUUGGCGCACAAAACCUUUAUCUCACGACUUCUACAUGGCUUUCCUAGGCAUUGCGCCCAGGAAUGCCGAUUUAAAGUUUCUAAAGCGCACUGCCAAAAACUCAAUUAGGCACAGCGCGCUAUCUGAUGAAGAGAAAGCAAACGCGAUGCAAAAGUGGAAAACCAAGUGGGAAAAGUGGGUCGAUUGGACUAUAGAAAACACAGAGAAGAUUCUUGAAAAGCCAAAUGAAUAAGAAUAUCAAUAGUUAUUAAAACGAUAGAGACGUGGACACCGUAAAGAA